CGCUAUUUUGCACGCUCUAACGGCGGAUUAGGGUUUUUCACAAAAUCCGAGCGAUUUUCUUUCUCCGAUGACUCGCUAGGGUUCCUCUGCAAGCAAGGCGUGGUGCGAUUAUUGCGGUCGCCAUGGGAGGCUCCAGAGUGCAAGUCAAUAAGGCCCACAAGUCCCGCUUCUCUUCCAAAUCUUAUCGUAACCUUCACAAAACCUCUUUCAAAGAUAAGAGCAGGAUCACUAAAUCAGAGCGCAAUGUUGGCAAGGGAGCUAGGGCUGCUCGACUUCAGCAUAAUCGAAUGCUACGGGAGCAGAAACGGGCUGCCCUCUUGAAGGAGAAAAGGGCAACUAGUGGAUUGACAAGCCCUCCCCGUGUGAUCGUUCUUUUUGGGCUUUCCGCUUCUGUAAAUGUAGAUUCACUUGCUGGGGAUCUUCUGUCAUUGUUAGCUAAAGAAGGUUCUGGUGCUGCAUCCUCAACAGUUGCUUCUUCCGAGUAUAAGCUGAGAACUACGGUAUUGAAAGCACCUCAUGGGGAUUUGCUAUCAUGUAUGGAAAUGGCUAAGGUAGCUGAUCUGAUUGCUUUUGUCGCCUCAGCGAGCUCUUCAUCUGAAGGAAGCACUUCUUACGAUAUUGAUUCAUUUGGAAGUCAAUGCCUUUCUGUGUUUAGGUCUCUUGGUUUGCCAAGCACUGUUGUGCUAAUUCGUGACCUACCUUCUGAGCUGAAAAGAAAGCACGAUUCAAAGAAGAUGUGUAUGUCUAGUCUUGCUUCAGAAUUUCCUGAGGACUGUAAGUUUUAUCCUGCAGAUACAAAGGAUGAGUUGCACAAGUUUAUGUGGCUUUUCAAGGAGCAGAGGCUCACAGUUCCUCAUUGGAGAAAUCUGCGGCCUUACAUCAUGGCUCAAAUGGUGGAUAUGGUGGUGGACAAUUGUAAUUCAGAGAAGUGUACCCUUCUCCUCACUGGUUACCUACGCGCUUGUAGCCUCUCAGUGAAUCAACUGGUUCAUAUUUCUGGUGCUGGAGAUUACCAGUUGAGCAAAAUUGAAAUUCUUAAGGAUCCAUUUCCUCUAAAUCCAAGAAAAGUGCAGGACCUCAUGGACUCAGAUGAAGUGCAUGAUGUGGAGGCUGUUCGCACUUUGGCUGCUGAUCCUUUGAAGCAGGAGCCUUUACUUGUUGAAAAUGUUCCUGAUCCUCUUGCUGGAGAACAGACAUGGCCAACCGAGGCAGAAAUGGCCGAGGCUGAUAGAAAUCAGAAACAAAAAAGGUUGAGAAAGAGGAUUCUUCCUCCAGGGACAUCAGAAUACCAGGCUGCUUGGAUUGUGGAUAAUACAGAUGAAGAGGAUUCAGAUAGUGAUGAUGAAGCUGAUGAUGGAAUGGUAUUGGAUGAACAAGAGAGUGAUUUUCCACAUCAAAAGGGCAGUAAGAAUUUUGACCUUGAUGAUGAUCAAGCUUCCUUGAACUUGAAAGACUCUGAUGAAGAAACUGAUGUUCAUUCAAUGAUGAUGGACGAUGAGAAGUUGACAAGGGAACAGAUACAGGACGAGAUUCAAAAGAUAAAAAAUGCACAUGCUGAAGAUGAGGAAAAUCCUGAUGAAGUGGAUACACCGUUAGAUAUUCCUGCUAGAAAACGAUUUGCAAAGUAUAGAGGCCUCAAGUCCUUUAGGACCUCCUCCUGGGACUCAAAAGAAUCUCUCCCUCCAGAAUAUGCCAGAAUUUUUGCAUUUGAUAAUUUUGCAAGGACACAGAAACUUGUUCUUGCUAAAGCUUUAGAUAUGGAGCAAGAAAACAGGGAUGACUGUAUACCUGUUAGCUCAUACGUAAGGCUGCAUAUAAAGGAAGUAUCAAAAGGUGUUGCUUGCAAAUUAUGCUCGCUGGCGAAGACAAUGCCUGUCAUAGCGAGCGGUCUUUUUCAGCAUGAGUCCAAGAUGUCUGUCCUUCAUUUCAGCAUAAAGAAGCAUGAUACAUAUAGUGCUCCUAUUAAAGCAAAAGAAGAACUCGUGUUCCAUGUUGGUUUUCGCCAAUUUGUUGCUAGGCCUAUAUUUUCUACUGACAACAUUAAUUCAGACAAGCACAAGAUGGAGAGAUUUCUCCAUGCAGGGCGUUUUUCUGUGGCUUCUAUUUAUGCCCCAAUUUCUUUUCCUCCGCUUCCCUUAAUAGUCCUGAAGAGUGCUGAAGCUGCUGCUGCCCCUUCUGUUGCAGCUGUUGGUUCACUGAGAAGUAUUGACCCAGACAGGAUUAUCCUUAAGAAGAUCAUUAUAACUGGUUACCCACAAAGAGUGUCAAAAUUAAAAGCCAUGGUGAGAUACAUGUUUCAUAGCCCCGAGGAUGUGAGAUGGUUUAAGCCUGUGGAAGUGUGGACCAAAUGUGGUCGCCGUGGUCGCAUUAAAGAACCUGUUGGUACACAUGGGGCGAUGAAGUGUGUUUUAAAUGGGGUCCUUCAGCAGCAUGACACUGUGUGCAUGAGCUUGUAUAAGCGUGCAUAUCCAAAGUGGCCAGACUUUCACUUCCCUAUUCUUGAUGCUUGAUCGACCGUGGCUGGUGCUCAAUUCUGUACGGUUGAUUCUGGAAUAUGGAAGAAAGCCAUACUUCUGAUGGGAAUGAAGCUCUGGUCCAGAUUGUCAAUACCAAUUUCAUGUUUGCUUGUAAGCUGCAUGCAGUUGAGUGACAUUGGUUCUUUUUUGGGGUGUUACAUGGGGUUCAUUGUACCUGCUCCUGUAUUUUCUUUUUCCCCGUCAAUAUAUAUUUUUUGAAAUGGUAGACAACUGAAAAUCUAUGUCAAUAGGCAGAGAGGGAAGAACCGCCCACCCCUCCGCAGGUGGUGGUUAGUUUUUGCUGCCUCUUGUUUGGUUGUCUUAUUUUUGAGUAAGUCUUAUGCAGUAUGUCAUUCUUUUGGAUGUUCUAGGAAAUAUGCGUUUCUUCCGGUGAUUCAUAUUUGUAUCUUGUAUUAUGUAAUUUACGAGCCAUUAAGGAGGAUGUGUAAUAGAUUGGUGCAAGAAUAGUAGGAAAAAUGUAGACUACAUUUUACUUCGUUGUUAGGGCCCUAUGGAAUAUGGCCUUCGGUUUU